AUGGAAUCUUGGGUGUCGCUCCCUGCUGACAAUAAUCUCAUCAUGGAGGACGACGACAUUGACAAGCGAAUCAUCGAGUUGGUGGAAAGUCGUUUGGCAGAUCAAAAGCAAUCGAUUCUGGCUGAGAUCAAGAAAUCGAUUGUCCUUGAGCUGAAGGAAUCGAUCAUCUCUGAAGUGAAAACAUCCAUCUUGGAGUCCCUGAAGACACAACGAGAGGUCAUUGCUGAAGAUCCAAAACUGGCGAAAACGGGUGAUAGCAAACAUGAUGAAGCCGGCAUUGUGUCGGCUGAGUCAGGACCGGAUCCCGCGAAACUAUCGCACGACGAAGCCUUUGAACAAUUGGGCGGAAACCUAGAACUUUUGAAAUAUCGGGACGCAACGUAUGACGUUAUGGAGAAUCAUGGAGAGGUGAACCUUGAGGCAGAAGUAAAACAGCUAUUACCAAGAGAUUACAGGAAACGCGUCGGAUUUUCUACGAAACUUGUGUAUCAGCCCUUUGUGACAACCUUGGAUGAGCUCUACGAGAAGGCCCUUUCGGCUUACCCAAAAUUCGAACAAGAAAUGCUUGACAUAGCAUUCCAAACCAACAGCAAAGCCAUUGUUCCUAAAAUGAAGACGAAACUUCGCGCUCGAAUGAAGGCACUUUACAAGUAUUUCGACCAGAAUCGUCAGGGUAUUGCAUGGUACCGUCUGACAGAUAUCGUUCGUGCAACCUUGCAGUUCCAGACUAUGGAAAGCAUGUAUGCUGGCUUGAAGGUGGUUGUAGAACAUUUUGGUGAAAAUAUUAAGGAGGUGAACGACAGGUAUCAAGAACCCUUUGACAAUGGAUAUCGCGAUAUCCAGUUGGCGGUUUGCGUUGACGGUCACAUAUGCGAGCUGCAACUAAACACUGAACUAAUGCUGCAUGCAAAGCACACAACUGGUCAUCGAAACUACACAGUUGUGCGAGAGCUCAAGGCGGCCAUCGCCGAGGCUGAUCAGCAACGGGUCGAACGGAUCCUUGAAUUUGGUCUAUCCCAGCUUGGAUCGUCUGCAGGGUCCAGCGAGAAGUCCUUGUCAACUCUUUUGCAAAGCUCUGACUCAAGAACACUCUUACACGAAGCUGCAAAGAACCAAUGUCCAGAAAUCGUGUGCGCGUUGAUUUCAAGCGGAGCGGACGAUAAUGCCCAGGACGAAGAAGGCAACACCGCCUUGCAUUAUGCUAUUCGAUGUGGCAAUGACCGGUGCGUUUGGGUUUUGCUGAACGUUGGCAGCCCAAAUUUGGAUAUUCAGAACAAUGAAGGCCAGACCGCUUUAGAUGUUGGCUAUUUGAUGCUUUGGCAGCGUCCACCCGAAGAAAAGGUGCGAGCCUUGAUGGCACUAAUUCAGUUUGCUGGACUCGAACGCUUGAAGAAGGCGAAGGAGGCUUCCGAAAAGCAUCUCACGAAGCGACUACAAGUUCGUAGCUCUUUGGUUGAUCAUACUAGAGAUGGAAAUCUGGACUCCAUGCUUCGAGAACUGCGUGGAUACGCUCAUCCAGACUCGACAAGGGAUGGAAAAUCCGCGAUGGAAGUUGCCUUGGAAACAGCCAAUGUUGCUGCUGUGGAAUUGUUGCUUGAUUUUCAUGCUUCUCUUCAAACCAGAAAGAGCAAACCAUCAUUCCUCCAAAUGGCAAUCGAAUCCCAGAAACCUGAAGUGUUGGUGAAGUUGCUGAUUGAUGCCAAAGCCCCGCUGGACGUUGGUCCUGGCAGAGUCCCGCUCUUGCAGCUUGCAAAUCGACAGCGUUCCGUUGCAAAAAUGUUGUUGGAUGCCGGGGCGCCCAUAAUCGCAUACAAGCAGAAGAAAGUAUCGGCAAUGCUGUAUGAGCCAGUCUUUUGCUUUAACGAGCAAACAACUUUCUCUGGGGGCAAAGUCGAGUUUACUGUUGAAAUGCCAGAUGGCGUGCCUACAGAUGCUCCGCACAUCGCCCUCGGGCCCAGUAUGGACGCGGACACAGAAGACUUUUAUGAAAUAGCCUUGGGUGGGUGGAUCAAGCAAUAUAGUGUGAUUCGUGAUGGCAAGGGUGGGAAGGAUAUUUCAGUUCAUAGAGGUGCCGCCCUUAAGGAUGGGGCAAUGUUUCGGCUGUCUUGGGACAUGGAGACCUUACGUCUGGAGCGACUCAUGCCAUCUACUGAAAAUUGGAAGACUCUGCUGUCUUUGGAUCGUGGCAGCGCACCUCGGUUGUUUGCCAUCAAGCAUAUCAUGGUUGCUAGCUUGCAAGAUCAAUUGGUUCAUUUUAGAAUGUCCAUGCCAAUAUCACAAGAGCUGGACCUUUCUCAGUCUUCGGUGUUCUCCAAUAUUAUUUGGACGCCGACGCAAGUGUAUAAAUUCAAACAUGCGUAUAGCUUUGUUGAAAACGACAGCCCCUUUGGUAGCAUUGAAUUUGACGUGACAGCAUGGGCCGACGCCAACAUUGCGUUGGGCCCAUCGUUGGCUCACGAUGGCCAAAAGUACGAAAUUGUCUUGGGCGACUGUGAUGAUUGCCAAUGCAUCAUUCGUGAGGCAAAUGCUGGAGACAAACUUUGUGGCAAGGACGGCCCAGUAUUAUUCAACAAUACGAAGACUAGAUUUCGCCUUUCUUGGACCAGUACCAAUUUGAAUGUGGAACGUUUUGACGAGUCCGGUGGUAGCUGGAACCAGUUAUUGUCAUUAGAUCGAACCAAGGCGAGAUGGCACGAUAUUCGAUAUAUGAUGGUAACAAGCUGGAAUUGUGAUAUUCUCUGGCGGAUGUAUGAAAAAUUGGAUGAAAAUCCUGUGUUUAUGGCGUCAAAAAAGCUCAUCUUGGAUCAUUAG